UACAGUUCAUUUAUUAAUUGCGCCGAAGUUUGAAAGCCUUUCCAUUUUGAACGAAUUUCGGAAGGGCACAUAUUUAGGAAUAAGCGCAAUCAAACUUGCUGUAAUAUUCACUGUUUCACGUACUUUCGACCAAAAAGCUAUUUGGCGCAUUGAAGAGCAAAAAUUUAUGGUACGCGCCGUAUAUAGUCGUAAAUUUUGGGAAUAUAUGUCUUGAAACUGUUGUCACCCUGAAAGUUCGUGUCAUCCUGUGGUGUCAUUCUGAAAAGUACGCCUUACCUACUCACCGGCUACAAUUCGUAAAUUUAUAUAUGUGUCAUCACGUAAAAUAUUGGUAAAAUUAGUGAACCUACUUUGCUUUUAGCAGAUUAUGAUUUUGAUCAUUCGUGAAUGUAAGGUCCGCCUCAUUGAGCAUUCUAGCUCAAGUACUAUAGCGUUAUGCCAUCUGCCAAAAGCGAUUUCUAAACAUUCUGUACAUGGACUAUGUACAUGCGCAAUCCAGAUCAAUAUGUUGUUGCACAGUUAUCGCGGUGAAAGCUGUGAAAAAGACUACAAACCGAGGUACAUGACGUCAUGUGAAUGCUUCGUAUAAUAAUAAAAAAAAACAUCCAGUAUGAAAAAGAAUAGUGCACAGUCUUCACCACGCGUGCGGGUCAAGAAAAAAUCGCACUUCCAUGCGGGAAGCCCGACAUGAUAAGCGGCCAAGAAGCGCCAGCUGUCGUAAUGUGGGCAGUGCUGUCUUAAUUUCACAGCUGUAGCUGAAUUCUUAAUAUCUUGUUGGCAUUCGUGACCACGUCGUCAAGUUGAAUAUGCACCCUGUUGUGAAUAACAUUUGAAUUUGCGAUGUUUGCCAGCUUAGUGCCAAAGCCGACGUUGCCGGUUAGGAGUACCGUGGCGUUGUCACCAUUGGGCCUGGCUUUCAUUUUCGCCGCGCUACGCGCACUCGUCGCUUCAAGUCCGAACGAGAUGCUACGAGCCAAAGGUGCACCUACAGACCAUGGGACGAAGGCUGUUGACGCUUUCCUCAGUGGAGCAUACAACUUGAGCUGUGCUAAGUACAUGUCGUGUCCAAAGCCUGGCAACCACAGCCAGUGGCCGCCGCGGCAGCACGUCUCUGGCAAUGCGACUCGCUUCGCGAGGCCCAGCUGCGACUGCGAGCCUUCGUGCUUCGACUACGGCUCCUGCUGCAUUGGCAGCCCGUUGAGGGAUGCGCGGCCCGUCAUGUCUUGUCGAAACGUGCGGCUCGCCGACGUCUCCUCGAGCGUCUACAUGAGGACAACGUGCGCCCGCGACUGGCAAGACGACCAGGUGCGCAGCGAAUGCCAAGACGAGUGGGCGGCUGCGACAGAUCCAUUCCUCACAAUCCCUGUGACCAGCAAGAGCACCAAUGUCACGUACAAGAACGUGCGCUGCGCCGUCUGCAACCGCGACUUCAACGUGAAGAUGUGGACCGCGUUUCUGCGCUCUCUCCGCCAGGACAGUGGCGCGGCUUGUUCGCCCUCCAAAGCUAAUGACCCAUCACAGUGUCCCGUCUUCCUGGGCUGCCCGGACUUCAUGCAUGGCAAGAGGCCUCAGCAAUACUUUCGUGUCUGCCGCUCCGACUUGGUGGCCGACUGUCCGGCCGACUUCCGCGACCGCAACUCGCGACUGCGCAACGGCUGUCACACAUACUUUGCCCCUGUACUAGAUAGACUCACGGGUGUCAGCUACAAAAAUGCCUACUGCGCUCUCUGCUAUGGCGUUGGAGCAGGAGACCUCACUUGUGUGGAGGACGACAGUGUGGUGGAAUAUCCAUGGACAGAGUGGGGUGAAGACAAGGAGGACAUUAUUUCCCACGCUGACGUGCUCCCCUCGUAUUCGCUUCUCAUCGACGUCGACUUCGCACGAGGCGGAAUCAAGGUGGGCCUUCAAGACCGCUGCGCACCGAAUCAGGCAUAUGACCCGUGGAAGGAGACCUGCCGCAAUCUUGUGUGCGGCAAGCUCUACGAACUGCGCGACGGCCUGUGUGUCGCUAGCGCACUCAAGGCCGCUUACGGUUCGUCUGCGUUGCCUCGCGCGCUUCUUGCGUCUAACUGCACCAAGGUGGCAUUGGACACCGACGAGUUCACGCUCUGGGAGAACCACACCGCCACCCUUCGAGGAGACGCCGGUAGCGGUGAGCUCUUGGUGCCCGGAGAAUACGAGCUGCUGUCCGACGGUUCUAUUCUGGUAUGUGCCGAGUCCAGCUUCCAGGGUGCUGUGCGAAGGAUGUCAGUAUACAAGUUUCGUGACACCGAAGGUUACAUUACGCUCGCCGGCAGCCUGGUGUCGCUGGGCUGUCUUCUAGUCAAGAUGGCGCUCCAUAUUCACACGCCUGGUCCACGUAAGCUGCCCGACAAGUUGAUCAGCAUGCUUUCCCUGUCCAUCUUCGCCGCACAGUUGCUGUUUCUAUUCGUCAUGGUCGCUGCCCGGUACCAGGCACUGUGUGUGCUUAUUGGUGUGCUUGUGCACUACUUCUUUCUGGCCAGCUUCUUCUGGACCACUGCUCUCGCGCUGGAUCUGUACUGGUCUGUGUCGUCAAGCGCGGAGCCGAGCAAGAGGAGAGGGGCCCGAGCCUUCGGCGUGUUCAGCGCCUACUGCUGGUCUGCGCCGGGGCUCGUUGUUAUCCCGUCGGCUGCCAUGGACCUGUGGUUGCUUGCGCCGAAACACCCGAUGGCACCAGGCUACGGUCGUGGCGUCUGCUGGAUCUCAAAUCGACUGGCCCUGCUCGCCUUCUUCGCGGCGCCUAUGGCGGCCGUGGUGGUGACAAACCUGGUUUUCUUCUGCCUCUCCAUAGUCCGCAUCUCUGGCACCAUCACCCAGACUGACAAACUCCGCCGUAGCGCCUGCAGCAACAGCAGCAGCCGCUGGAUGCUCGUGGUCUACCUUAAGCUGGCACUGGUAAUGGGCGCCACGUGGACACUGGGAUUUGUGGCUCCUUUCGCACGAGUACAGGCACUCUGGCACGCCUUCGUGAUCCUCAACAGCCUCCAGGGCGCCUUUGUCUUCUUCGCCUUCACACGAAUCGCGCUGAGACACCGGCUCGUCUCUUGGAUUCAGCGACGCCGCAGCAAGGAGUCCUCCUCUCGGCAAGCGAUCAUGCCUGCAUCACUUGUGCUAACUGAGCAUAAGCAGUGACGGCGUGCCCACUUCGUCUUUUAAUAUAUUUUUGACUGCCACUUUUUUAUAUUUACUGUUUCUUUUACAACUUUUAGAAAUUUACCCAUUGAACCACUGUGAAGCACUGUGCCUAGCUUUUCGUGCAUCUGUACCAGAGAAUGACGGGGUCUCAAAUUCGUUCAGUCUCAAGUGUCCUCUUCCGUGGUAGUCAACGUAUACGAUGUCUCGUGCUGGCAAUUAGUACUCUGAAUGGAAAUGCAAAAUAGUGUAGAGAGUGUACUGGUGCUGUUUUUCUUUGGCCACCGCUGUGAACAUUUUUGCGCACGAAGAGCUGUGAUAUCUGCAGAAGCAAUUUGCAACUGCUACAGGCGCGUGCUUUGUGAGAAAAUUAAUAAAUGAUUUCAUCGAAA